AGUUGAUGGCUGGAUACAACUGUGGAAAGUCCGGAUAUUUAAGCGGGACGCACCAUGGACACAGUGGAGGUGGUUGCCUCUCUCCUGGUGGUAGUGAUCAUAAUUGUGUCGUUGCUGUCCAACGUGCUGGUGCUGAUCUGCUUUUUGUACAGUCCCGAAAUCCGAAAGCAAGCGCCGGGGCUGUUUAUCCUCAACUUGACCUUCUGCAACUUGUUGCUCACCGUGUCCAACAUGCCGCUGACUUUGGUUGGUCUCAUCAACAAGGGCAACCCAGGCGGAGAGGGGUUCUGUCACGCCGUUGGCUUUUUGGACACCUUCCUGACGACAAAUUCAAUGCUGAGCAUGGCAGCCCUUAGCAUCGACAGAUGGAUUGCCGUAGUUUUUCCGCUGAGUUACAGCUCAAAAAUGCGGCACAGAGAUGCUGCGCUCGUACUGGGCUACUCGUGGGUGCAUUCCAUAUCCUUCUCAACAGUAGCGGCUUGUUUCUCCUGGGUGGGGUACCAUCAUCUUUACGCCUCCUGCACACUCUGUAAUACCAGGGCGAACAGCAUCCGGACCCAGUUCGGUAUCUUUACUGUGGUUUUCCACUCCCUCACGUUCUUUUUGUCUUUAGUAGUGCUGUGUGUUACUUACCUUAAAGUGCUCAAAGUGGCGCGGUUUCACUGUAAACGGAUUGACAUUAUUACAAUGCAGACCUUAAUGCUUCUUGUGGACAUUCACCCAAGCGUUCGGCAGCGGUGUUUGGAGGAGCAGAAGAGGCGCAGGCAGAGGGCCACCCGGAAAAUCAGCACCUUCAUCGGCACCUUCGUGGUCUGCUUCGCCCCCUACGUGAUAACCAGGAUGGUGGAGCUGUUUCCGGCAGUGCCUAUCAGCCACCACUGGGGCGUGGUCUCCAAGUGCUUGGCCUACAGCAAGGCGGCCUGCGACCCGUUUGUGUACUCGCUGCUGCGGCUCCAGUACAGGAAGACCUGCAGUGACAUCAUCAACAGGCUGCUGAAGAGGAGCUCGCUGAACGCGUCCGGCCACCGCGGCGGCGGGAACGACAGGAACCACCCGCCACAAACGGCACAGUGACGCCAAACGGCACAGAGACAGCCUCACGCGCCCGAUGUCAGGGACGCCAAGCGGCACAGAGACAGCCUCACGCGCCUGCUGUCAGGGACGCCAAACGGCACAGAGACAGCCUCAUGCGCCCGCUGUCAGGGACGCCAAACGGCACAGAGACAGCCUCACGCGCCCGCUGUCAGGGACGCCAAACGGCACAGAGACACCAAACCGUUGUCAUGCCCAUGCCGUGUCACAGCGUCCGCUGGAAUGCUGCUGC